UUACAUUUUGUCAUUUAAUUAAUGUCGGAAAAUGCAUAAUUCUACAUACACUCUCUUUCUCUAGAAAAGGAUCCAUCACACCGUUAGAUCCCCACGGCCGACGGGUCCAAGAUCCAACGAUGCUGAGAUCACGGCGCUCACGUUCCCGUCACGGCGCGCAAGCAUGCGCCGUGAUGUCCGCCGUCCUCCUCCUCGCGUCCGUCUCCCUCCUCUACACGCGUCUCUCACUCUUCUCCUCCCACUCCCCAACCCACCUCCGCUCAACUCCCGCCGGAGAAGACGCCGUCCUCUUCCCCGACUCCCUCCUCGUCUCCGACUCCGACGUCGUCGACCCCACCACCACCACCACCACCGCCGGAGGAGGGAGAGGAGGAUCCACGACCUCGACGGAAGACAGAAUCGACGAGCACGACGACGCGGCGAUCGAAGAGGACAGAUCGAACGAGGAGGACGAGAACCAAGAGGCCGAGCAGGAGCAGGAAGUCGUCUCGGAUCCUAACCGGAGCAAAGCUUCCUCCUCGGGGUUCUACUUCGACCACGUCGCCGGAGUGGUCCGGAGAGCUUUCAACAAGAGAUCGAUCGACGAGUGGGAUUACGACUACACGGGCUUCACCAACGACGAGUCAUCAUCAUCAUCAUCGAGCGUGGUAAAGUCUCAAGCUUUGUUCGGAUCCGACGAUGUUCCGUUGGACGAAUCCAUCAGGAGGAAGAUGGUGGAGGUCAGGAGCGUGGAGGAGGCGUUGAUGUUGAAGAGUGGUGGGAAGAGAUUGUCGCCGUUGAGAGAAGGGUGGGGAGAUUGGUUCGAUAAGAAAGGAGCUUUCUUGAGGAAAGAUCGGAUGUUUAGGUCGAAUUUCGAGACGUUGAAUCCUUUGAACAAUCCUUUGUUGCAGGAUCCCGACGGUGUUGGGGUCACCGGGUUGACGAGUGGGGAUAAGGUUGUGCAGGUGUGGAGGUUGAGUGAGGUUAAGAGAGGAGGUUCUUUCAUGGUGGCGAAGAAAGAACCGAAUGGGUUUAAACGUAAGACGUUGGACGAUGAUAAGGUGGGAGAGCGUGAUGAGGAGGUUAGAGAGCAUUUGUAUGCGGAUGGGAGUAGAUGGGGUUAUUACCCUGGUUUGGAACCGGGUUUGUCGUUUUCGGAGUUUAUGGAUUCGUUUUUUAGGAAGGGGAAGUGUGGUGUGAGAGUGUUUAUGGUGUGGAACUCGCCUGGUUGGAUGUUUAGCGUUAGGCACCAGAGAGGGCUUGAGAGCUUGCUCUCUCAGCAUCGAGAUGCUUGUGUUGUUGUCUUCUCGGAGACUGUUGAGCUUGAUUUCUUCCGAAGCAGCUUUGUGAAGGACGGGUACAAAGUUGCUGUGGCGAUGCCAAACCUUGAUGAGUUGCUGCAAGACACUCCUACUCAUGUGUUCGCUUCUAUAUGGUUCGAUUGGAGAAAGACAAAGUUUUAUCCUACUCACUACAGUGAACUUGUCCGGCUAGCGACCCUUUACAAAUAUGGAGGGGUUUAUCUGGACUCUGAUGUGAUAGUUUUGGGUUCAUUAUCAUCACUGAGAAACACUCUUGGUAUGGAGGAUCAUGCAUCUAAUGAAUCACUUAAUGGUGCUGUUAUGUCUUUUGAAAAGAAAAGUCCGUUCUUACUAGAAUGUUUGAACGAGUACUACUUAACGUACGAUGACAAGUGUCUCCGAUGCAAUGGAGCUGAUCUCUUGACUCGGGUGGCUAAACGGUUUCUAAAUGGGAAGAAUCGGCGUAUGACUCAACAGGAGCUAAACGUUAGACCGUUCUCUGUUUUCUUCCCAAUCAGCUCAUCACAGAUAACAAAUUAUUUUGCAUAUCCUGCAACAGAGGAGGAGAAAUGGAAGCAAGAUGAAGUGUUCAAGAAGAUCAUCAAUGAGUCUUUAACGUUUCAUUUCUGGAACAGUGUUACUUCCUCUUUAAUUCCUGAACCGGAGAGCCUUGUUGCUAGGUUGCUCGACCAUACUUGUAUCCGAUGCUCCGAUGUAUUAUAGAAAUCUUUUCUCUUUUGGUAAAACCAUUUUUUAUUUAUUUAAAGAGAGCAUAGUUUUGUCAA